AUUGUAUGUACCCAGCUGCUGCAAGUUUGCUUCCUCUACUCUUCAAACAACAUAUAAUAGCAGUUUUUCGUCGAUGUGGCGAAUCUAUUGUUCGCUGCAAGCCCAACCACCGCGCAUUAGUCAUCACAGCCUGUGUUCAUAAACUCAAGCCUCCACCACAACUUCGCUCCAACACUACCUGUGCUGCGUCGCCGACAUGUCGAAGGCCGCUUCCCGUGUGCCUGGCGGCGGCGCCGCGAAAGAUGAGGCCAUCUGCCCCGUCUGCAAAUCGUCGCGUUACCUGAACCCCAAUAUGCGCUUUCUAGUGAACCCCGAGUGCUAUCACAAGAUGUGCGAGUCCUGUGUGGACAGAAUCUUUUCGCAUGGGCCGGCUCCAUGCCCGAUUGCUGGGUGCAAGAGGACGUUACGGAAGGCGAAGUUCAGGACGCAGACGUUUGAGGAUCUCAAAGUGGAGAGGGAGGUGGAUAUCAGACGCCGAGUAGCCAGAGUACUCAACAAGACGGAGGCGGACUUCGAGACACUGCGGGAUUACAACGACUACCUGGAGACCGUUGAAGAGAUAACAUGGAACCUGAUUCUCAAGAUCGAUGUCGAGGCGACAGAGAAACGACUGCGGCUAUACGAGGAAGCACAGAAGGCGGAGCGCAAUAUCACCGCGCGUCCAUACCAGCCUGAUCCUUCCCUUCCUUCAGAAAAGGCGCAGGUAGUCCUAAAGAAGGGGGCCAGUCAGCGAAAGGCUGUAGCCACCUCCGCAGCAAAUACACCUGAUUCGAGAGCGAACCCCCAGGACGGUGAAGUAGAAAAAGGAUUUAACUUCCACGGCCUGAAGAAAUACGUCCCUCCGGCACCGGAAAAGCCACUGGAUCCCUUCGAUGGUUGGGCUAUCGAACCGCAGUUCUACGUCGUACAAGACGAUUAUGACGUUGAAUGGCUCACGCAGACGAAGAACGACCCCGUCGCCACUGCUGGAGGUUACGAUAUGCGCGAUUUCUACUCUAGGGCACUCUGCGAUGCCUUUAGCGGGUUCGGUGUCUUUGUUGAAGAUGAAAUCGAGGCUCGGGCAAAGGGACUUUCUGGUGAUGCGAAUACUGGCACGCGGUCGGCGGCGACAGCUGCCCUGGGUGGGAAGGACGUUAAUAUGGACGAUGUUUUCUAGCUUUGUGAUACCCCCGACUUCAAGUCUGCAUCUAGCAUUGGGCGGCGUUUCAGGCACUUUGUUUUUCCCAGUUGCCCUGGCACAGCCAGAGACAUUGUAUUGGUACAGAAUCAGAUAUCUGAUAGAUGGAGAAAGACUAUUUUAAAUACAUUGUCCUCUCUGCAACUAGUCAUAUAGUUGAUAUUGAGACUUAGCCCGAGAGGAGAUCCGUUUCAUGUAUUGCCACCAGGAACGGAUGGUAUGGAAACGUUGCUGAGAUCUGACAUUGAUCCCUGAGCACGGAAUAUGGGUAUGUAGCCGUAGG